CAAGGUCGAUAUUACGUAACAUGCUCACAUUUUCAACCAUUCAUUCUAUUUAGAUUAGAGUGAAGGUUAUUCAAAACAUUGUUUCCGCAUUUAUUGAUAGUCAUGUGUUUGCAAAAUCUUAUCACUUAUCUUAUUUAUCGAAGACUAAUAUAAAUAAACAUGCUUUCUCCUCAAAAAUCCAUUCUUUUAUUAUAAUAAUAACGAGCCAACAUCAUGGAUAUUAGUGCAAUUAGGACGAAUUACAACGACAGAACCAAUUUAUUUUUGGAGGAAGAUAUCGAAGUCAAGGAACCGUUUCAUUUAUUCGAAAAAUGGUUCAGCAUCGUAAGAAAUAACCCAACAGUGGUUGAACCAAACGCUAUGUGUUUAUCAACCGCCACCAAAAGUGGCAUUCCGUCAGCUCGUUUCGUGUUAUGUAAAGGCUACAGUAAGGAAGGCUUCCGUUUUUUCACACAUUACACGAGCCGAAAAGGCCAGGAAUUGGAGGAAAACCCGAAUUGUGCGUUAACUUUCUAUUGGGCGUUUUGUAACCGAUCUGUCCGUAUCGAGGGCCACGUGGAAAAAUUGCCCUUUUCAGCCGCCGAUGAAUAUUUUCACAGCCGGCCCUACCAAAGCCAAAUUGGGGCCCUUUGUAGCAACCAGAGCAAGCCGAUUGUGAACCGGAACGUUCUCGCUAAUAAAGAACAAGAGUUGAAGGGGCUGUACGGCGAGGGGCAAGUGCCACGGCCCCCACAAUGGGGCGGGUACAUCGUGCGCCCCCAUACCAUCGAAUUCUGGCAAGGUCAGACGGACCGUAUCCACGACCGGAUCAGGUUCAAGAAGGGGGUGCAAGCUGAUGGGGUUUUGACCCAUGAAGGGGCCGAGGGAUGGGUUUAUGAAAGACUAGCACCUUAGUUUUUGAAAGAAAUUUUUAUUAUUGCCCGUUUUACACCGCUAGAGUUUUGCCAACAUAUCGUGUGGGUGAAAACGUCUUCCAUUUUUAACAAGUCUUCGAAUUGGGGGAUUCCGCCCCCCACACCAAAGUAGUGGUACUUGGCUGCCAAAAAACUAAGUUUUGUUAAGGAUUUAUUAAUUUUGUUGCCGGUUUAUUGAUAUUUUAUUAAGGAUACAUCAUUCCAGUUGGUUUUAAUAACUGUUUAAAGAUGCUCAAUAUUUUUUUAUAAUUGUUUGUGUUGUAGAUUGUCUCUGAUGUUAAAAUAAAAUCGUACUUCCUA